AUGGUCAGCGCCUUACUCCCCUUUGAGGGGCCGGCGGAUCUCUCGAGGAUAGAGGCCCCGGUCACCUUGAAGGCCUAUCUUAUCUGCGCUUUUGCAGCAUGUGGUGGACUUUUCUUCGGCUAUGAUACGGGUUGGAUCAACGGCGUGCUAGGCAUGCCCUACUUUAUCACCCUCUACACGGGUUACUCGUACGACUACGACAAAAAACAACCCAUCGGCAUCGACCCCACCAACUUUGGCCUACCCUCGUCGACCAAGUCCCUCAUGACUUCGAUUCUCUCCUGCGGCACCUUCUUCGGCGCCCUCAUCGCCGGUGACAUUGCCGACUUCAUCGGCCGUCGGCUCACCAUCAUCAUCGGCUGUCUCAUCUUCUGCGUCGGCUGCGUCCUCCAGAUCGCCUCGACUAACCAGACCGUUCUGUUCGUGUUUGGUCGACUCGUUGCCGGGUUGGGUGUGGGCUUCAUUUCAACCGUUAUUAUCUUGUACAUGUCCGAGAUCGCCCCCAGGAAAGUUCGUGGUGCACUGGUGUCGGCGUACCAGUUCUGCAUUACGGUCGGGAUUCUGCUCGCCAACUGCGUCGUGUAUGCCACGCAGGAUAGGAACGACACGGGCUCGUAUCGGAUCCCGAUUGGUGUCCAGUUUUUGUGGGCGUUGAUUUUGGGAACUGGGUUGUUUAUUUUGCCCGAGUCACCCCGUUAUCAUGUCAUGAAGGGCCAACUUCAUUCAGCCGCCAAGUCUCUGGCUUAUGUCCGUGGACAGCCGAUUGAGUCGGAGUACAUCAAGGACGAGCUGGCCGAAAUUGUGGCGAACCAUGAGUAUGAGAUGCAAGUUGUUCCUCAAACCUCGUAUAUCGGAUCGUGGGUUGCUUGCUUCCACGGCUCGCUGCGCAAGGGGAACAGCAAUAUCCGCCGUAUCAUUAUGGCGUGUGGAUUGCAAAUGUGGCAGCAACUAACUGGCAUCAACUUCAUCUUCUACUUCGGCACCACCUUCUUCCAACAACUCGGCACCAUCUCCAACCCCUUCUUCAUCUCCCUCAUCACCACCCUCGUCAACGUCUUAUCCACCCCCAUCUCCUUCGUCGCCAUUGAGUACCUCGGCCGCCGCUUCCUGCUCAUCUACGGCGCCUUGGGCAUGGUAAUCAUGCAAUUCAUCGUCGCCAUCAUCGGCACCACGGCCGGACGCGUCGAUGCCGACGACCCGGCCGCCGUCCGCGCCAUGAUCGCCUUCAUCUGCCUCAACAUCUUCUUCUUCGCCACCAGCUGGGGCCCGACCGGCUGGGUCGUCAUCGGCGAGUGUUUUCCCCUUCCCAUCCGCUCGCGCGGUGUGGGAAUCUCCACGGCUUGUAACUGGUUCUGGAAUUGUAUUAUUGCCGUCGUGGCGCCUUACAUGGUCGGUAACUCGAAGGGGUCGGCCAACUUGGGCCCCAAGGUUUUCUUCAUCUGGGGAAGCUUGUCUAUUUUUUCGAUGUUGUUUGCGUAUUUCUUGGUCCCCGAAAUGAAGGGACUCACGCUGGAGCAGAUCGAUAAGAUGAUGGAGGAGGUCAGUCCGAGGAAGAGUCUGAAGUGGAAGCCCAAGACCACGUUCGUGGCGGAGCUGGCGAGGAGGGAUGUCGAGAAGAGUAGACAGCAGUGGAGGGAUGUUAAUGCCGCGACGAAUACGACGGGAGGGUUGGAAGGUGGUAUGGGAGGCGGGUAUCAGGAGGCGAACGAGAUGGGGGCUAUGUCUGAUCCCUAUGGUACACCGGUACACGGUGUCCACGGGGGUGGUGGGGGAUAUGGAAAUAGUAUGGGGAGGGAUCCAUAUGAAAAUCCGAAUACCGUGAGGUAUUAAUGGGACUUUCUUUCUUUUGUUUUCAAUUUCCUUUUGUCCAACCGCGGUUUUGGUUUUAUGGGAUAUCCACUCUCUUUUGUUGAUGAGGAUCAAUACGAGUUUAGGGACAGGAGGGAGAAGAUUAUUUAUAUAAGGGGAUGUCCUUUUAUGAGGUUGACGGCGUUUACGUUUAAUGAAGCAGUGUUAGUUCGAGAUACCAACUACUAAGAUUCUACCCG